UGUGCUGACAAUCUAUUUCAGCGGGAGUUGGAUAGAAAAUUGAUGUCAUUUACCCCGGCGAAUGCAGGUGGAUUUGGUUGCCUUGACAGUGUCGCAUCAGAGCCAUAGUCAUGUGGCCUUGACCCCUUAACCCCUGCUGGUCCCGUGACGUGACGUGAGGUGACGUGAGGUGAGGUGAGGUGGUGGCGUUGGGCAUGACUCUCUGCUGCGGGAUGAUGGAGAGCGACUGUCGGAUCCCCACCAGCUGCUGUCGCCCCCGGAUACUGGUGCUGCACGCGCUCUUCUGGGGGCUCGUCUCCCUCAGGGUCUUCGGGGCCUCCAUCUUUUCCAAUGCGGAUGAGAAGCCAACAGUGAAUAAGCCGGUUGUCACUCUUCCCUGUUGGCAAAUGGAGGAGUUCGUGGUGGCCACUGAGUGUAGACUCUGCCUAGACUUUGAGGCGAAGACGUUGGCCGUGUGCAGCGUGACCGGAUUUGUGGAGCAGAUCAAUUGCACAAAGUCCAACAAAGGAGAAUACAAGAGCUGUCGCUCUAGCCUGAUGGAGGAGCACCUCUUCUGGAAGUUCGAGGGCUCCAUGCUGGGUCUGACGGUGCUCUUCGCCCUGGUGGUGGUGGCCCGCCAGAGGGCCCUGGACCGCCUCGCCUCCGAGAAGGUGCGCAGGCAGAUCGAGUCCAUCUAGACCCCCCCACACCCCCACGAAGACAGAUCGAGUCCAUCUAGACACCCACGACCCCCCCACGAAGAGGAAGAUGAGAGAGGAGGAGGAGGAAGAGGAGAGUAAAAUGUAAUCCAUCUACAGCAGAUCCGCCAGAGGGCCCUCGACCGCCUCGCCUCCGAGAAGAUGCGGAGACAGAUCGAGUCCAUCUAGACACCCCCGACCCCCCACAAAGAGGAAGAGGAGAGAGGAGGAAGAUGAGACAGAUAGUGUCCCCCCAGGCCAGGGAUGGGAUGGGCAACUCUCUCGGCAGGGAGGGCCACAUUUUUUCCAUCGCCACCAUCGGGGGACCACAUGACCCACGGAUCUGAGUGCCGCUCACAGACUUCUAGGUGCAGUUGGUUGCUGCUCACUGACUGCCGAUGUUGUUUGGAAAAAUAGGAGUGUUCUCGGUUGGUCAACAACCGUAUAACUACAGAUGGAUUCAGACACGACCCCCCACCUCGCCCUCUCCUCCUCUCCACCUCUCCCCCUCUCCGCUCCUCUCCUGUCCUCUCCU